AUGUUCGCUGGACUCCCUGCGAACACUACCGGAGAUCUCAGUGAGUGGAUCCUCGGCCUACACACAUUGAUACUCACAGGGAAUUCUAUAAUGUCGUCAGACUCCGGAGAGCCGUCCGAGAAACGGCACAGUAACUCUGGAGCUCAACUACCCAUCGGGCUAAGUUAUCAUGGGUAUGGUUAUGUUACAGUAGAAACAACACCUGACGAACCUUCACUCGUCAACACCCUGGCGAGGCUCUUUAUCCGUUACAUGUUGAAAUGCAAGGCUCCUAAACAGUGGAAAACAAGGAAGACCGUGUUGUUGUAUAAAAAGGGAGAUCCACAUGACAUUGGCAGCUAUCGCCCAAUCUGCUUACUGUCCGUCAUCUACAAGCUCUUUACAAGAGUGAUCCUUAAUAGGAUUGAAAUAGUCUUGGAUGAAGGACAGCCAUGCGAGCAAGCAGGGUUUCGAAAAGGAUUCAGCGCGAUUGACCACAUUCACACUGUUUCGAAACUCAUCGAGGUAUCACGUGAGUACAAGAUGCCGCUCUGUCCCACCUUCAUUAACUUGAAGAAGGCCUUCGACUCAGUUGAGACGGAAGCGGUCAUGGAAGCCUUGGACAACCAAGGCGUCCCUACUCAGUACAUAAAGGUACUUCGAAAGUUAUAA